AUGGCGCGUCUAGGCCGCGUCGGGUUUCUCGCCCUCGCAGUGGUCUUCCACUUGAUCUAUACAUACUCAAUCUUUGACAUCUACUUUGUCAGUCCAAUUGUUAGUGGCAUGAGAUCAUAUGGUGUCGAGCGAUCAGCUGGAACCCCGGCACCUGCCAAACGUCUCGUCCUCUUUGUCGCCGACGGCCUACGGGCUGACAAGGCCUUCCAAGCGUUCCCUGACCCAUCCCCCGACGCCGAUCCAGAAAACAACGAAUUGAUUCGCCUGUCUCCCUUUAUUCGCUCGCAAGUUCUCUCCCAUGGAACAUUUGGUGUAUCCCACACCCGCGUCCCCACGGAAUCACGACCAGGCCAUGUUGCACUUAUCGCAGGUCUCUAUGAGGAUGUGUCCUCCGUCACCACAGGAUGGAAGAUGAACCCGGUGAAUUUUGACAGCGUUUUUAACCAGAGUCGACACACUUGGAGCUGGGGUAGCCCGGAUAUCCUGCCAAUGUUCAAGGAGGGCGCCGUACCGGGAAAAGUCGAUGCGGAGAUGUACAGUGAAGAAGCGGAGGACUUCACUGUCGAUGCGACGCAUUUGGAUACUUGGGUCUUCUCCAAAGUCCAUGACCUCUUCGAAUCGGCAAAGACCGACCCGGACUUGAACCGAAAACUGCGGGACGACAAAUUGGUGUUCUUUCUCCACCUGCUUGGACUGGAUACCACUGGCCACUCUUUCCGGCCCUACUCGAAUGAAUACCUACACAACAUCAAGGUAGUGGAUCAAGGCGUCCAGGCCGUCACAAAAUUGGUGGAGGAUUUCUACGGGGAUGACAAAACGGCGUUCGUGUUUACCGCAGACCAUGGCAUGAGUGACACAGGCAGUCAUGGUGACGGCCAUCCGGAUAACACGCGGACACCGUUGGUUGUCUGGGGAUCUGGCGUAGCGCGGCCUCAGCUCUCCUCUACCGGAAUUGCUGCGGGUCAUGAAGACGGUUUCUCGGCUGAUUGGGGAUUCGACCAGGUCCACCGACAUGAUGUAGCACAGGCUGAUGUUGCGGCGCUCAUGGCCUACCUAGUCGGUCUUGACUUUCCCGUCAACUCCGUUGGCCAAUUGCCGCUGGACUACCUCAAUGCUAGCCCCAAAGAAAAGGCCCUGGCUGCUCUCGCCAACACUCAGGGUGUUCUCGAGAUGUACCGCGUCAAAGAAGAGCAAAAGAGAGACGCGGUGAUCCGGUAUGUGCCCUAUGAGCCUCUAUCGGGCUACCACGAGAACUCGAUUGAAGGCAGAUUGGCAAGAAUUGAAGCACUCAUCUCCAGUGGUGACCACGAGGAGGCUAUUGUGAUAUCUGCCGAGCUUCUUCGUGUUGCUCUUGAAGGUCUGCGUUAUCUACAGACCUAUGACUGGCUGUUCUUGCGGACCAUUGUCUCUAUUGGAUACCUUGGCUGGAUCGCGUAUGCACUGACCACGGUUAUUGACCUGCACGUCCUGCACGGAACAUCAGACUCCCACCGGACGACGGCCAGUAUCUCAUUCUUUUCGUCCAUCCUGGCUGCCUUGUUCUCUGUAUUUCUUUACCAGGGCUCGUCCUGGCGCUACUACUUCUAUGCGUUCUUCCCGGUCUAUUUCUGGGAAGAGGUUUUUGCACGCCGUAAAGCUUUGAUUGCCGGGCGUCAGAUUGUAUUGGGCCAUGUGUGCUCUUUCACCGGAUACCUCAAGUUUGGACUCCAGCUACUGGCAUUCCUCGGUACGAUGGAGGCAAUGGUUCAAUCAUAUUUCCAUCGCGAAAUCUUUACCGUCUGCUUUUCCUUAGUAAUCAAGGUUGAAAACCUUGAUACAAUCACAUAUGGCGGCUUGCUCAUGUUCCUCACUGGCAUCUUGUAUUUGUUGUUUGAGGAUGCUAUCAUCGGACAUCGUGACCCGGAAUCCAAAGAACUCAAUGCCAUCGGUCGUGUCGGUUCGCGGAUCAUCAUGGGAAUUCAGUUAGGCAUGGUUCUGCUUGCUGUCAUCGUCACUAGGUCAUCUGUGCUCUCUCUUCAGGCCCGCCAAGGCCUACCGUUUGGAAAUAUCGUUGUUGGGUGGGUUGUCCUAGUGGCUUCCCUGACACUUCCAUUCUUCCACCGUUUGUAUCCCAACAGCCACUAUUUGCACCGGCUCAUGAUUAUCUUCUUGACCUUCUCACCAACCUUUAUCAUUCUCACUAUCUCGUGGGAAGGGCUGUUCUAUUUUGUAUUCUGCAUGACCGUUGUAACAUGGGUUCGCCUGGAACAUGCCAUUUACGUCCAUACGGCGGGCACCUUGAAGAAACCUAAGAAUCCGGGCGUGACAACCGUUGACGGUGAAACGUUCUACUACCGUGCCCUUACUCUCUCCGAUAUCCGUGUGGCACUCUUCUUCUUUUUCCUCCUGCAGUCGGCUUUCUUCAGCACGGGCAAUGUGGCCUCGAUCUCGACCUUCUCCCUCGACAGCGUCCGCCGCCUUAUCCCUGUCUUCGAUCCGUUCGCCCAAGGCGCGCUCUUGAUUCUCCAAAUCCUCAUCCCCUUCGCCAUUAUCAGUGCCAAUUUGGGGAUCCUUAACCGCCGCCUAGAGGUACCGCCCAGCGCACUCUUCAUGGUUGUCAUGGCCAUCUCGGACAUUAUGACCCUCAACUUCUUCUUCAUGGUACGCGAUGAGGGAUCGUGGCUUGAUAUUGGUAUGACCAUUAGCCAUUUCUGUAUUGCAAGUGCCCUCUGCACCUUCGUGGCUGGUCUAGAGUUCCUCAGCGAGCAAUUUGUCAGCGGUGUGAACUUCGCCCCGGUAAUUCUUGGGACUGUCCCUAUCGAAGAAGUCACAGAGUGCGAGGACCGCAAGCCUAAGAAAGCCUCUGGGGCCAAACAGUCCAAGUCCAAGGCCAAGGGUAAGGGUAAGGGUAAAUCAGGAAAGUGGUCAUAG